AUGUAUGGGAAACACGACAGUGAGCAACAGCUUACUGGAGCUCAAGGUGUAGAAACGGUGCUUCUCGAUCAUGACACCAAACUUCGUCUCACAGCGGAGAUUGUUCGAGAUGCCGAAAAGCUCUGCGAUCUAGUUAAAGACUUGGAACGGGUGGUCACUAAGUUGCAGACAGCGCAGUCUCGUGUCCAAGCCUGGAUGGAGCUGUGGCAGAACCCUGGCCCUACCGCGGGUCAUAUAUUGAAAACUCUGGCUGAAGUCAUCCCUGAUUUGAUAAGAAUGUAUGAUCGCGAACUGAGCGUUCGGCGAGCAGGUUUAGCAGACAUCGCCGAGUAUGAACAUCGUGAUGUCUUCGCCGCUGUGGCUUUGACUUAUAAGUAUGAACCUUUUGUCGACGAUAAUGUGCUUUCUAGAACACUUUCAAAUUGUUUGCUGAAGUUCAUUGUUGUUUUGCAGGAAAUUAUAGAGAUCUCGUUUGAUGCUUUGCCUGAAGGAGAUGAAGUUCUGGAGAUCUUACGUGCUGAGAAGGCUUCUCUACAUUUCUGGAUUGAUUUGGGAUUGGAAUAUUAUCGCUGUGGACGAGUGGACGACUUCGUACGUUUAUUGGAAGUUUCUGGAAGUGAGGCCUCCUUAGAUUACCCGGAAGUUGAAAAUGACCAGAUGCGCGCUUUGGACAUAUUGGCUGCGUAUUAUGUUAGAUUGGGCCAUAAGGAGCGGACAUCGAAGGAACGGAAGCGAGAUCUUUUCUCGAAAGCCACUCUGUUGUAUACAACAGCAGAUCGAAUUAAAAUGUAUGAUAUGCCACAUUUAACAGGACGAGCUUAUUUUUGUCUAGUCGAAGCUCGAGCGAGCAAAGUGGACCAGGCAGACCAACAAUUUAAUUUUGUUCUUAAACAGGACCCCUAUGAUAUACCGGCCAUGAUGGGUAAAGCAAUAAUAGCAUUUAGUAAACAAGAUUACAAGACAGCUCUCUACUUUCUGAAAAGGGCUUUGCGACAAAAGCCCAGCGGGCCCGCUGACAUGAGGGAAAUGAACAAAGUGGAGCGCUUGGCCUGGCAUGCGAUGAACAUGACCGAGAGUGACGAAAUCAAGGCCGAAGCGUGCUAUAUCCUUGCACGUUAUUUCCACUUUAACCGGGAUUAUGAAAAAGCGUUCAAGUAUUACUAUCAAGCAACCACAUUAAAUCACCCUACCUUUGUACUGCCCCAGUAUGGUCUUGGUCAACUUGUAUAUAAUGCGAGGCGAAUUCAACCAGGCAAUAACGGCCUUCGAAACCGUUUUGAAAGUGAUGCCGAACAAUAUAGACACAAUGAAGGUUCUUUCAGCUCUGUAUGCUCAUACCGAUGCCGGAAAUCAGCCGGAGAAAAUUUGCUAUCAAGACCUGGUGCGAUAUUUAAAAAAACAGAUGGCAGUAAAGAGGUAGCUUUUGAGCGUGCUCUGGAGUUACAAAACGAUAACGUUUGUGCUUUGUCUGCAUUGGCCAUCCUGGAUUACAACACGCAUACCGUUGAAGGUGCUCAAAGUGCUGUUCUUUGCCUUGGUCAAGCGUACAGCUUGGAACCGGAGAACCCCGUAGUGCUUGUUCAUCUCGCGAAUCACUUUUUCUUCAAAGGAGAAAUGAACAAAGUGGAGCGCUUGGCCUGGCAUGCGAUGAACAUGACCGAGAGUGACGAAAUCAAGGCCGAAGCGUGCUAUAUCCUUGCACGUUAUUUCCACUUUAACCGGGAUUAUGAAAAAGCGUUCAAGUAUUACUAUCAAGCAACCACAUUAAAUCACCCUACCUUUGUACUGCCCCAGUAUGGUCUUGGUCAAUUGUAUAUAAUGCGAGGCGAAUUCAACCAGGCAAUAACGGCCUUCGAAACCGUUUUGAAAGUGAUGCCGAACAAUAUAGACACAAUGAAGGUUCUUUCAGCUCUGUAUGCUCAUACCGAUGCCGGAAAUCAGGAGCGACAAGAAAAGGCUCGCGACAUGCUAACAAAAGUCUUGGAAGCGAUGCCUAACGAUGUGGAAGUUUUGAUUGAUCUUGCUCAACUAUUGGAAGGAGUCGAUCCCCAGAAGUCUCUCACUCUCUACGAAACUGCUUGUGAGUUGAUUAAACCAUGUGAAGAUGGUCAGAUGGAUGCUCCAGCUGCUAUUUUAAACAACAUCGGUGCUCUACAUAUGACCAUGGAAAAUUAUGAACGAGCGAAGGAGUAUUUUGAGGCUGCCGAAGCUAAGCUACAGGUUCAGGAAUUGUUUAAAGAUGGAAGUUGUGUACUAGCCUCAAAAGCUAUGUGGCAAGAUGCACGAGACAUAUUUGCGCAAGUUCGCGAAGCUACUUCGGAAUUCGAAGACGUUUGGAUGAAUAUCGCUCAUGUUUAUAUUGAACUGGGGCAAUACGUUCCAGCUUUACAAAUGUAUACGAAUGCUAUCAAGAAAUUCGACAAGGAACAAGAUCACCAAUGUUUACUUUAUUUGGCAAGGGCAUUCUAUAAAGCAGGGAAGCUUGCUGAAAGUCUUCAAACGUUGGAAAAGGCCAUGUUCGAAUCUCCCGAUAAUGUGCUGAUCAAAUUCAAUUACGCCUUCGUUCUUAAACUAAUGGCUACAGAGGUACUACAAGAGGUGAAAUCAACGGCAGCACAAGUGAGAGGUGCCAUGGAUGAUCUCAAAACUGCUGGAAGGGUGUUCUCGUAUAUUUCCACGAAUCGCGAUGAAGGCAUAUCGGGAUCGCGGUAUGUUUCUCGUACACAUGCUGGUGAUGAAGCCAGAGCAUGUGAUGACUUAUUGAAACAAGCACAAACCUAUUUGGUACGUGCACAACAACGAGACGAAGAAGAUGAACGGCAACGAGCUAAACAACAUGCGGAGAGGGAAGCACUCCGACAAAAGUUAGCCCAGGAGAUUGAAGAGCGUGAGAAGGAGCUACGAGAAAAGCAGGCCUCAAUGGCGAGCAUGAGAAAUGAGUACGUACAAAUGACGAAGAAUCUUUUACGGAUACCUGAACUGGUCGAUGAAAAGAAAGGAGGACGAGGAGGUGGUGGCGGUCGAAGGCGGAAGGGUGAAGGCGGAGAUGAAUUUGUCAACGACAGCUCGGACAUGGGGAGCUGGCAUGGGGAAGAAGGAGGGGGUGACGGUGGCGAAAGACGUCGAAAAGAGAAGUCUGCAUCCAAAAAGGCGGCAAGGAAACGAAGGGAGAAACGAGCUGCUGAGGCCGGUAGUGGGUCUGAAGGAGAAGAGUCAGGGCAAGAGCGUCGACGCAGGAAGAAGGAGGCUGCGGAGCGGAAAGCGGCUGCUAGGCUUUCCCAGAAGCAGUCGGCAAAAAUUAAAAGUAAAGCCUUCCUUUCGUCCGAGGAAGACUCAUCUGAUGGUGCACCUGUUCGUGUCCCUGAAGAUGUUGGUGAUGACAGUCCAAGGCCACCGAGAAUUACGGAUUCUGAUGACAGCGACGACAGUAUUCCUCGCCAACGACGGAAAAAGACUGUCAUGGAUUCUGAUGACGAGCAAUCAGAAAGCGGAUCCGGUGGAGGACCGUUGAUCGGCGCAUCAGACAGCGACGAGGCGCCACAACCUCAGAAAUCACCUGCCAGUGAAGCCGACAGUGGUGGCAGCGACUCCGCCCCGCGUAAAAAGAAGAAACAAAUACAAAGCAGCGAUGAAAGUGAUUAA